ACACAGUGGGGGCAGUAGCUCUGUGGUCCCGGUCCGCCAAGUUGACGCUGCCGCCUCCGCCGUUGCCUCUUUCUCCUGGCGUGGUCUUUUUUGUCCCGUAUUUUCUUUUCGCGUGUUCGUUUUUUUGUCCUGUUCUCUUUAAUUAAUCAAGAUGGGGAAGAAGGAGGAAGAGGAGAUUAUCAGAAUCGCGAAAAAGAUGGAUAAAAUGGCGCAGAAAAAAAACGGGGCCGGUGCUUUGGAUCUUUUGAAAGAGUUGCGCAGUGUACCCAUGACUCUGGAGUUGCUCCAGUCCACCAGAAUUGGAAUGUCCGUUAAUGCUAUUCGCAAACAAAGCACAGAUGAAGAGGUGACAUCUCUCGCCAAGUCCCUGAUUAAGUCUUGGAAGAAGCUUCUGGAUGAGCCUGGAGGUGGAGACAAAGCUCCAGAUGAGAAACGAAAAGACCAAACAACACCCGUCUCUCCUUCACAGGGAAGCCCAGAGGCAAAGGAAGAAAGCAGUUCAAGUAGUAAUUCCAGCAGCAAAAGUGAAACAUCUGAAGUCGCCUCAAACACGUUAGCCACCACAUUUCCUCGUGCCCCAAUCACCUCCGACUCCAUCCGGCUCAAGUGCAGAGAGAUGCUGGCCAAUGCUCUGCAGACUGGAGAGGACCAUAUUGCCAUUGGUGCUGACUGUGAAGAGCUUGGGGCACAGAUUGAGGAAUGUAUCUUCCAAGAGUUUAAGAACACAGACAUGAAAUACAAGAACCGUGUGCGGAGCCGAAUCUCGAAUCUAAAGGAUAUGAAGAACCCCAAUUUAAGGAGGACCGUUCUUUGUGGGAGCGUAACCCCGGAGCGAAUAGCCAAGAUGACCGCUGAGGAAAUGGCCAGUGAUGAGCUGAAAGAAAUGAGGAAGAAUUUGACCAAAGAAGCGGUCAGGGACCACCAGAUGGCCACUACCGGCGGUACUCAGACUGAUUUGUUCACCUGUGGCAAAUGCAAGGGGAAGAACUGCACCUACACACAGGUUCAAACUCGAAGUGCUGAUGAGCCGAUGACCACGUUUGUCUUCUGCCAACAGUGUGGAAAUAGAUGGAAGUUCUGCUGAAUCUGUUGGCUUCAUCCACGGCACUCCCGACAAGUAGCAAAAUUCCCGGACCAGGUUCUAUCCAUCUGCAGCAGAGCGGAGCUUUGUCUUCUGUGGUUACAUUGUACUCGACAUCCAAGAUGCCACUACGGUUACCGUUUGAGUAAAUAUCUUGGUCAUAGAUUGAGCUUAUUGUCACUUCCCUUAAGGACCCUCUCUCUAAAUCUCUUACUGUUGUUAUUAGUUGUUUCUUGCUGUCAGAUAUAUGCUAUGGACUUGUGUCAUUCUCUUUUAUCUGCGUUUUUAUAUGUAGUUUUAACACUUUGGAUAAUGUUUUUUUUUUUUUGUUUUUUUUGCUUUCCCAGCACAGCAUUGUACUGUUUUAUUUAAUUCCCAAUAAAGUGUAAUCC